AUGUCGAUCUUGAUUGAAGAUUUGAUGGAUGGGUUGAUUGAGUUAAUGGAUGAUUUGAUUGAUGAUUUGAUUGAUGAUUUGAUUGAUGAUUUGAUUGAUGAUUUGAUUGAUGAUUUGAUUGAUGAUUUGAUUGAUGAUUUGAUUGAUGAUUUGAUUGAUGAUUUGAUGGAAGAUUUGAUUGAUUUGAUUGAUGGUGCAGUGCAGUGCAGUGCAGUGCAGUAA